AAGAAUCCUGUAAGCUGAUCAGGAAGGAGGAUGGGAAGAAAGCCCUAGCCUUGGGGCUCCAGAAGGGGCAUAAGUUCUUGAAUUGGGGAGAAGUCAUAGAUGAUCACCCUAAUUCUGAGUGGAAACCCCUGCAAGACUGGAAGGAUCCAACAACAGCAGGAAUAAAAAUCUAAGAGGUUGUCAAGUUGUCAACACUCAAGUAGACCUCAAAGUGGAAAGAAGGGCAACCUGGGAUUCUGACCCCUUUAGAAGAUGGCAACCAAACAGACGGAGCCUGUUACCACUAUUGGCCUUGAAGAAUUGAGUCCAGAAUCUUCAGAGCCACAGAAAGAGUCAAAGACAUAUACAGUAGAAGAGGCUGUGGAGACCAUUGGAUUUGGACGGUUUCACAUAGCGCUGUUUCUAAUUAUGGGCAGCACAGGGGUUGCUGAAGCCAUGGAGAUCAUGUUGAUUGCUGUUGUGUCUCCUGUUAUCCGCUGUGAAUGGCAUCUGGAGAACUGGCAAGUGGCUUUGGUGACCACAAUGGUGUUUUUUGGCUACAUGGUGUUCAGCAUCCUAUUUGGCUUCUUAGCUGACAGAUAUGGUCGCUGGAAGAUUUUGCUGAUCUCUUUCCUCUGGGGUGCAUAUUUUUCCCUUUUGACCUCUUUUUCCCCUUCAUAUAUCUGGUUCGUUUUUCUGCGUACGAUGGUGGGCUGUGGUGUAUCUGGACAUUCCCAAGGGCUUAUCAUAAAAACAGAAUUUUUGCCAACAAAAUACAGAGGUUAUAUGCUACCCUUAUCUCAGGUUUUUUGGCUUGCUGGCUCCCUGCUUAUCAUUGGGUUGGCAUCAGUGGUCAAUCCUACCAUCGGCUGGCGUUGGCUUAUCCGUAUUGCCUCCAUUCCUGGCAUCAUACUCAUCCUGGCCUUCAAGUUCAUUCCUGAAUCAGCUCGAUUUAAUGUCUCCACUGGGAACACCCAGGCUGCUGUGGCUACUUUGGAACGCAUCGCCCGAAUGAACCGCUCGGUCAUGCCAGAGGGAAAGCUGGUGGAACCUGCCGCGGAAAAAAGAGGAAGAUUUGCCGACCUACUGGAUGCCAAAUACCUACGGACAACUUUGCAGAUCUGGGUCAUAUGGCUUGGAAUCUCUUUUGCGUAUUACGGGGUUAUCCUGGCCAGUGCCGAAUUACUGGAGCGAGACUUGGUUUGCGGCUCCCAAACUGAGACAGAGAUGGUGCUGAGCGGAGACUCUGAGGAGAGCAGGAGCCCUUGUCAUUGCCACCUGUUUGCUCCCUCGGACUACAAGACCAUGAUUAUCAGUACGCUGGGAGAGAUUGCACUAAAUCCUUUAAAUAUCCUGGGCAUCAAUUUCCUGGGAAGACGGAUCAGCCUCUCUAUCACCAUGGGAUGUACAGCUUUAUUCUUUCUGCUGCUUAAUAUUUGCACUUCAAGUACAGGCCUGAUUGGUUUCCUCUUCAUGCUGAGGGCUCUGGUGUCAGCAAAUUUCAAUACCAUCUAUAUCUAUACCGCUGAGGUCUAUCCCACCACCAUGCGAGCUCUGGGGAUGGGAAUAAGUGGCUCUCUGUGUCGGAUUGGCGCCAUGGUGGCUCCAUUUAUUUCCCAGGUUCUUAUGAGCGCAUCAUUCCUGGGAGCCUUAUGUCUUUUCUCAUCUGUCUGCGUUGUGUGUGCCAUUUCUGCAUUCACGCUUCCCAUUGAGACUAAAGGAAGGGCUCUUCAGCAAGCAAAAUGAAGACAUGCAAGAUGACCAAAAGAAGUAUAUUUUAUUCUUCACAAACAUGUCUUUGAGGCAGUUUUGUUUUACCCUGCCUUAAUCCUACAGUUUAUAUCUUGAAUUCACUUCAGUAAAAUGCUAUAUCAUUAAGGAACAAUUUUUUAUGGAUUUGAGAGGUAGCUUGCCUUACUGGGACACUUCUUCCCAAGAUUCAAUAAAUAUUUGUUACAAAGUUCAAAAA